CUCGCUGCCAUUCCUUAUAUCAAAACUGAUCAAUGAUCUAUAAUUUAGCACCUGUAGACUUCUGUCCUUUUCAAUCAUUGAGUUCGUGGAAGGAUGUCUUCAGUUCGUAAAGUUGUCUUGGGUCUUAUUCCUGCAGAUGGAAUUGGUAAAGAAGUAGUUCCUGCAGCUCGUCGCUUAAUAGAAAAUCUUCCAUCCAAACACAAACUUCACUUUGAUUUUGUCGACUUGGACGCUGGUUGGGGUACCUUUGAGCGCACUGGCAAAGCCCUUCCGGAUAUCACUUUGGAAAAAUUGAAGAAAGAAUGCAAUGCAGCUCUUUUUGGUGCUGUUCAAAGUCCUUCUCACAAGGUAGAGGGCUACUCUUCUCCGAUUGUCGCUUUGCGUAAAAAGAUGGGUUUAUAUGCCAAUGUUCGUCCAGUUAAAUCUCUCGAUGGGGCUCAGGGGAAGCCGUUGGACCUUGUGAUUGUCCGUGAAAACACUGAAUGUUUGUACGUUAAGGAAGAACGCAUGGUCGAAACAACUCCGGGUAAGCGUGUUGCUGAAGCCAUUCGUCGUAUUAGCGAAGAAGCAUCUGUUAAAAUCGGUAAAAUGGCUUUUGAAAUUGCCAAGUCACGUCAAGCUCUUCGUGCCUCUGGUGCUCCUUCAAUCCACAAAAGUCCUUUGGUAACUAUUAUCCACAAAUCCAACGUGAUGUCUGUUACUGAUGGUCUUUUCCGUGAGUCUUGCAGACAUGCUCAGUCCCUUAGCCCCUCUUAUGCCUCCAUAGCCAUGGAUGAGCAAAUUGUCGACUCUAUGGUUUAUCGUCUAUUCCGUGAGCCUCAAUGCUUUGACGUUGUUGUCGCUCCCAAUCUUUACGGUGAUAUUCUUUCUGAUGGUGCUGCUUCUCUCAUCGGAUCUCUUGGUUUAGUCCCUUCCGCCAACGUCGGUGAUAAUUUUGUCAUGUCUGAACCUGUUCACGGUAGUGCUCCUGAUAUUGCUGGUCGUGGUAUUGCUAACCCCGUCGCUACGUUCCGCUCUGUCGCUUUAAUGCUUGAAUUUAUGGGUCACCAAAAGGCUGCUGCUAAUAUUGUUACUGCUGUCGACAAGGUGUUGAGCCAAGGCAAAAUUCUUACUCCUGAUUUGGGCGGUAAGUCUACUACUAAUGAAAUAACCGAUGCCGUUAUAGAGUCUUUGAGCAACUAAAUUUUCAUACUUCGAACUUUCGACAUAGGGGCUCCUUCUUUCUCUCAGGUUUCAUAUAGAUCACACUGCUUUUUGUUAAAUUUAAUUGGUAUGAUUUUGUGAUAAUAUUCUUUCAAAGUAAGACUUUUCAAAUAGUACAAGUUUCAUCAUCAUUCCUUUUCCAUAUUAUACCUUUUCGUAUAGAAACAAAAAACAAAGAAAGGCAGAUAUCGACUUUCGAAAGCUACAUCAUGGUUUAUUAGCAAAUAAAGUUUCAC